AUGCAGGUCCCUCUCAUCCGUCUGCAGUGCGGCGUCAACUCGUACGAAUGGGGCAAAAAGGGGAGCGAGUCGGCCGCCGCCAGGUUCGCCGCCGCCACGCCCUCGGACGACCUGUCCAUCCAGUCUGACAAGCCCUACGCCGAGCUAUGGAUGGGCACGCACCCCUCCAACCCCUCCAAAGACGUCAACACCGGCCGGACCCUCCUCGACCUCUGCUCCGAAAACCAGCUCCUCCUCUCCCAGUCCGUCGCCGCCAAAUAUGGCGCCAAGCUGCCCUUCCUCUUCAAAGUCCUCUCCAUCAACAAGGCCCUCUCCAUCCAGGCCCAUCCCAACAAGAAGCUGGCCGAGCAGCUGCACGCACGGGACCCCAAGAACUACCCCGAUGACAACCACAAGCCCGAGAUGGCCAUUGCGAUUACUCCCUUUGAGGGGCUGUGCGGAUUCCGACCUCUGGAGGAAAUUGCGCACUUUCUGGAGAACGUCAAGCCCCUCAGAACGCUGGUAGGGGAGGAAGAGGCGGCGCAGUUUGUCCAGGCUGCCAAGCAAGAGGGCGGCGACGAGGCGGCCAAGAAGAAGGCCCUGCAAAAGGCCUUCGGAGGCUUGAUGUCAUCCUCACCCGAGGACAUUGACAGGGAAACGGCCAACCUCGUUGCGCUCGCCAAGUCUGAGGGCGAAAAUUUCGCUGCCGGUGGCGUGUCAUCCACCAAAGGUGCAGUCCUUGCCGAGCUUGUCACCCGUCUUCACGGCCAGUUUGGCUCCGACAUUGGUAUCUUUGUCCUCUUCUUCCUCAACUUCGUCACGCUACAGCCCGGAGAGGCGCUGUUCCUUGUUGCCGACGACAUCCACGCCUACGUUUCUGGUGAUAUUGUCGAAUGCAUGGCGGCUUCCGACAACGUUGUCCGCGCUGGCCUGACGCCCAAGUUCAAGGACGUGUCCACGCUCGUCGACAUGCUCACAUACAACUAUGCGCCCAUCGACCAGCAGAAGAUGUCGCCGACCGAUUACCCUUACGCGACGCUUAACCGUGCUGGCUAUAGCUCUGGAUCAUCCGUCCUGCUGUACGAUCCGCCCAUUGACGAGUUCAGCGUUGUGCGCACGCUGCUUCGCGGCGACGGCGCCAAGGCCACCUUUGAGCCUCUUGAGGGCCCCAGCAUUAUCAUCUGCACAAGCGGCAAGGGUACAAUUGCCGUAGGACCGACAAAGCACGAGAUAAAGGAAGGUUACGUGUUCUUCGUCGGAUCUACCGCGGAGCUGGUCUUGGAGUCCAGUGGCGGACAGGACGACGAGUUUAUCACGUACAAGGCAUUCUGCGAGAUUGACUCGUCCGGAAAGGACAAGUUAUAA